AUGGCGGAUGUAGCAGUUUAUAAUAAUGUACCCGAACAAACAGAAAACGUAUACAGUAACACGUCAACCAUUGGAUUCAGUUCGUUGAAAUGCACACCACAGGAGUGGAUGUCAUAUCAAAACGAAAGGUAUUUUCAAGCAACCAAUGACUGCGAACAAACAGAACAAGUGAAUGAUUCUACUAAAUCGAUUAUCAGGGGCACUGAUGCCAAAACGAGGAAGCUACAGGCUGAUUCGACAAAGCGACUGAAAGAAAGGCUUCAUGAUACCCUUUUCUGGAAGCAGGCACUAGAAAGAGAAAUUAUUGAUGUCAUUCAGGAAACCUCUUUUUUGAUCAAAGAAAAGGAUAGAUUGCAGAAUUUUCUUUUGGAAACUGAUCUUCCGUUGCAAAUAGCAACUGAGAACCUGAAUACACGAGAAUGUAGAAGGGCUAUAGAUAAAGUUGCUGACCCUGUAGAAUCAGAGUUGUAUGUUGAAGUUGAACUCAUACAAAACGUUCAGAAAUUGAUUAAAAAUGCUGUCGAACAAGCUCAUAAACAGAUUUGUCAGAAUCGUGCAGUCAAAGAAGCAUUAGAAAUUAAUUGGAGCGAUAAGAAAGAAGCUGAAGAAAUUGAUUCUAAAGCUGGAAAUUUAAAAAAUUGUUCUACAAAUAAACAGUUUUAUGCUGGAGUUGCAUUAUAUCAAGAAAAUAUGUCAACUGUUGAAAGUUGGGCAAAGGAUGCGAAUGAAGUGAUUACACGUGCAGAAGCAGAACGUCUUGCUAGCAUUGAUUUGCGUUCGUUGAUAUCUAAUUUAAUUGUUGAUACGUCGCGUGACAUGAGGCAGCAGUUUGAUCGUGUUAAUGCUGCUUUCCAAGAUAAUUUGAAUCAACUAAUGGCAGCUAAAACAACUUUGGAGGAAAAUUUGAAAAAUGUAUUACAUAAAAUUUCAAUGUUGGAGCAUAAUUUGAAUGAAUUGAGAGAGGCUAUCCGAGCUAAAGAUGAUCCUUUAAUGAAUGCUCAAACAAGAUUGCAUCUACGUACAUUUAGACCUAAUAUGGAACUAUGCAAGGACCCAGCAUCUGUAAGCUUAGUUGAAGAAGUUAGUAUAUUAGGUCAAUCUUUGGAUGAAUUAUUGCAUCAAUAUUCAACAGUGGAGAACAAGCUUAAAGAUUUACAUGAUACACAAAUGACACUUGAAAAAGAAAUUGAAUUAAAAACCGAAACUAUCCAUUUGAACCAAGUUGGGUGUAUACCCAAAAGAACAUAUUAUCCAUCAGCUGUGCGUCUCCAAGGUUAUUAA